GAAACAAAAGGAGGCCAAUGACGCAUGCGUUCGGUGGGUCCCAGGUUCUGGUGGGUUCUUCCUCCGAGGCGGAGUGAAGUGCUUCCGGGUCACUGCCGGCUGCCGCCUCCCGCCUCCCGGCGCGGAGCCAUGUCCACCUUGUUUCCCUCCCUCUUCCCCCGUGUGACUGAAACGCUGUGGUUUAAUCUGGAUCGGCCUUGUGUGGAAGAGACAGAGCUGCAGCAGCAAGAACAGCAGCAUCAAGCCUGGCUCCAGAGCAUUGCAGAGAAAGACAACAACCUGGUACCUAUUGGCAAGCCGGCCUCAGAGCACUAUGAUGAUGAGGAAGAGGAGGAUGAAGAUGACGAUGAGGAUAGUGAAGAGGACUCAGAGGAUGAUGAAGACAUGCAGGACAUGGACGAGAUGAAUGACUACAAUGAGUCACCUGAUGAUGGAGAGGUCAAUGAGCCUCCUCUCCAGGUGGACAUGGAAGGCAACGAACAGGAUCAGGACCAGUGGAUGAUCUAAAUAGACAAGACAGAGUGGCCUCAGGGAGAUUCCAGGCCAUCCCAACCUACCCUGUGACUCCUGCAGAACCAGCUGAUCACCCCAGUGCCGGAAAGUUCACCCUCAGGCACCUCCUCAGCUGCUGCCAGGACCUGGUCUCCUUGGCCCCUCCCAGGCAAUCAACCUGCCCUUGAAUCCCCAGGACCUGAGUCCACCCCACCUUUCUGGCCAGUACCUCACCCCUUGAGGUUAGUCUCUUUCUAACUCUCUUUAAUAAAGACACAGGACUGAU